AUGUCAGCUAUCAUCAUCGCUCCCGCUCCGCCGCGUCCGGCAACCCCACCACCUCCUGCCGCCCCCUCCGAGGCCUCUCCACUCCUUUCCACCUCGGCCCUCGAAACGCAACCCCUCCUUCGCUCUGCACCCCUCAAGCAGACCAUCUCGCGGACGCGCUUCAUCUUACUGCUAGGCGGAGUAUGGAGUGCCAACUUUGUCAUGGCGUUCCAGGCGAUGGCGGUCCCGACGACUGCGCCGGCGGUGGGGAGCUGGUUUGGGCAUGCCGAGCUGAGCAGUUAUUUGGGGAGCAUGUUUACGCUGGCCAGUACCGCUGUAAUACCACUAUACGGGGUCUUCAGUGAUACGCUUGGCCGCAAAUUUGCCAUGGUCACAGCGUGCAGCGUGUUUGCCAUUGGGACAGUCAUGUGUGCACUCAGCCCAAACAUGUAUGUGCUCAUAGCGGCGAGAGCUGUAUCAGGUCUUGGUGGAGGAGGCAUGUUGACGGUGUCUUCGGUGAUUGUGACGGAUCUGGUCCCCUUGAGAGAUCGAGGGUUGUAUCAAGGCCUGAUGAUGGUUGUCUUUGGUGCAGGCUCAACACUAGGAGGACCAAUAGCCGGCUGGCUGGUAGACCACCUCGGCUGGCCCUCUUCGUUCUGGGUACAAUUCCCGGUCGUCCUUUUCUGUAUCCUCAUGGUCACCCUCCUCCUUCCACCAGCGCCUAUCCCACCAACACAUCAAACCAUAUGGGCCGGCCUUGCCUCGCUCGAUUGGGCAGGAACCGUCCUCCUCGUCGGCGCAGUCACGACGCUCAUCCUCGGCUUCUCAUUCCACACGUCGUACCUGGAGCCAUGGUCCGCUCCAAUCGUAUGGGGAAACCUGCUCGCUGCGGUAUUGGCAGCAGGAGCAUUGGUGUUGGUGGAGCAGAGGGUGGCGCGGCCAGUCAUACCCCUCGCCAUGUUCAAGGAGAAGCACACAGCAGCGGUAUUGAUGAGCGGAUUCUUCAUGUCCGUUGUCGCCCAAGCUUUUAUGUACCAAAUACCGAUGUACUUUGCGGUCGUCCUCAACACCUCGACCGCCCAAGCUGGGCUUAUGCUGUCUCUUACAUCAGGAUUCGGUCAGGCUGUGGGAUCGAUGUACGCCGGACAGCAUAUCCGUAGGGGCGGCAAGUACCGAGUCAUGGGCAUCCUCGCUCUUGUCCCACCGAUGAUCUGCUCAUUCAUUGCUGCGCAGUGGGACCCUAGCUGGACCACUACUGGAUACUAUGCCACGGCGUUCCUACCACCACUGGGCUACUCGGUAUUCUUAUGUGUCAAUCUCAUCGCUUUGAUUUCCGCCGUGGACAGCAAGAUGAUGCCCCGCGCCACCGCCCUCCUCUACACCGUCCGUUCCCUCGGCGGGACACUUGGCAUCUCCCUGGGCGCAUCAACCCAGCUGGGUCUUCUCUCACACCUUCUUCGCCGAAAUCUUCCUGCAGAUCACGACAAGACAGCGACUAUCAACGCUAUCCUCCACAGCAGCAAGACGGCGAUCCGGGCGCUUCCGCAGCCGGCGCAGGAUAUCGCGCUGAAGGCGUACGGCCAGAGCUUGAGCUGGGUGUGGAUGGGGUGUGGGGCGGUGGCGGCGUUGACGCUGACGAGUGCGUUUUGGGUGGAGGAGAGAGAGAUGGGGCCGGUGAAAGAGAGAGGGAGAAGUAGGUGGGGCAGAGGGAGGAAAGCCGCCAAUGGGGAGGAUGGAGACUAG